AUUUGCAGACUUUCCCGGCCUCCAUGCAUGGGAUGUGCUGAUUUGCAGUCUGAUGGUGGCUGGGGCUCGCAAGGACAGAAGAUGUCGCGCGGCUAAUGAUCGAGGCAAUCUUGCGGUGGUCCCUCCUGGCAGUGCUUGGCAUAGCAGGAAGAUCUGAAGGUGAUGUUCCGGUGCACAUCGGAAGUCAGCCACUAGGCUGGCCGAGUUCAGAGCUCCUUCCUGGAACCGUGGUUGGGCAGGGCCGCUAUGUCCUGGCGGAGAAACUUUGCGAGGUCUGCCAUUUGCCUAGCCAGCCGGACGGAGUCUUCCGGGCCCUUCCAUCAAGCCAAAGGUUGCUUCUGGAUGAUGGCCAGGGCCAGGGUCAAGUGGUGCCGUACGAGGGCCUUGCUGCCGCUAUUGCCAGCGACCUGCCGGGACUACCGCAGUCUUCACAGCUGGUCUUCCUGCCUGCUGUGCAUGACUAUGCCGUGUCGCAUUUGCAGCGACAUUAUCUUUAUCACGAGGCAGCGUGGCGCUACAACUUCGGACCGCGUCUGGGCAAGGGCUCUUUCGGUGAGGCAUGGCGAGCUGUCACCCUCGAUGGCUCUAUGAAGGAGGUGGUUUUGAAGCGCCUCUUUGUCGAGAAGGGUGAGCAUGUGCGCAGGAGCGGCGAGCGGGAAAUCUAUUUCGGAACCAUCCUGCAAAAUCGGCACCACAUUGCAAGGUUUCUGGAGUCCUUUGAGGAAGUGGUCGAAGGCAAGCCAAACGAACUCUGGCUGGUUUUUGAGAACGAGGGCUUCUCCCUAACGCACUUCCUCUUCAAGACGCAGCCAGGCUCACAGGUUGUGGAAUGCUCAACCUUCUGGUGGCUGAUGAAGCAAGGUCUGCCAUGGGGCGAAAAAAUAUUGAAGAACUUUGCCUACCAGCUUUUGCAAGGCAUUGCCGUGACCCACAGUGCCAAUAUCACCCACAGAGAUGUCAAAGGCUCCAAUGUCUUUGUUACAGACACUUGGCCACCUGUUGUGCGGCUUGGUGACUUUGGCAGUGCAUUGAAGACUCCUCCCUCGGAGGAAGUGCGAAAGAUGUAUGGAAGGGAAGGGCCAUCUGACGACGACGAAACUCUGGAGUACAAGCCGCCUGAAGCAGGCCUCUUCGACAGCCUGCUUCUGCACAAGGUCGGCCUGGAGCGUAGCAGCUCUUGGCGCAGCAAGAGCUAUGAUCUCUGGAGCCUUGGCAUCCUCCUGCUGGAGAUGGUGCUUGGCACCCGGGAUGUCUAUCGGGUUGAUGACCGGCGCUGGAUGAAGGAAGAGUUCCAGCUCAGAAAGCAGCAUGUGCCAGAAGAGCGCAGGGAACAAGGCAGGGCACUCCUUGCUCUUCUGGACCUGUGCUUGGGUCAUCCACAGGCACCUUUGCCUUGGUUCUUUGAGCUCCAAAACUCGCGAGCGCCUGCUGGAGAUCAUUCAGAGUGCUCUGAUGCAGAGUUUGCAGAACGUCUCCGACAACAGGAUGCGGCUGGUGUUGGCCUGGCAAGUGCGGCUGGCCGGGAUUUGCUCCGACGAUUGCUGCGCUGGAAUCCCGAAGAGAGGAUCCCGGCCCAGGAUGCCUUGAAGCAUCCAUGGUUCGAUGAUGGCAUUGACCUACCUCCCCUUCGAGUAUUCAAAUCCACAGCUUCUGCAGCCGGUGCAGUGCAUCCCGAAGCUUCAGGCCAAAGUCUCUCCGAUCCUGAGACCACUGUUGGUCAGUUGCGGUGGGAUCUAGACGGCAACUUUGAAGGCGAAUCGGAAGACUUCAACUUGGACUGGAGCGAGGAUUCGGACACGGCCCUGGUGAAGUGGGAUGAAGGAGAAGGAACUUUGGCUGGUGAGUACUCCGUGAUGUCAAGCUGUCCAGGGCUCAGUGCCCACAUCGCCUCGGACGAUGAUGUUGGCCGGCGCAAGUCCAUGGAGGACAGGCAUUCCAUUCAAAACAUCUCCGCAGCCUGUGAAGGUGGCAAGGCUGGAUACUUUGCCAUUUUUGAUGGUCAUGCUGGCACCUGGACAGCGACCUGGCUGGCGCGAUCGCUGCACCACCGAUUGCAGCUAAGAAGGAAUGCUAGCACAGCACUUGCAGCUGCAUUUGCUUCAUUUGACAAGGAUCAGCUGGAGUAUCGCACUUCUAUAAAUGAAGAGGGCACUGGCAGCACAGCUCUUGUGGGUGUCCUCUGCAAUUGCACACUGCACCUGGCCAACCUUGGCGAUUGUCGAGCUGUCGCAGCCCUCCGCGGCACUUGGUCCAGCGCAGGCGACUUAGCUCAGGAGGAUGUUGACUGGCCGAUUGGCGCGCGGGUGGAGGUGCGGGAAGCCCGCAGUGCGGAGUUGCAAGGACAGCGGGGCACCCUGGUGGAGGCGAGACUGCAGAUGCGGGGCCCAACCGACCGCGCCGUGUGUUUUUUGUUGUGCGGCUUUUGCGCGAUGGUGCCCUGCGGCCGUUCCGCGCGCAAUCACUUCGCCUUCUCAGUGAGCUUCGAGCAGUACGACUCACAAAGGAUCACAAACCUGGCACUCCUGAAGAGAAACUCCGUAUCGAGGCUUUGGGCGGAAAGGUUGAGAGGGCCACGGGCAAGGGCGACAAAGAGCGCUCUGCCCGCGUCGCCGGCUUGGCCACUUCGAGGAGCUUUACAGGCUCAGAGCGACGACCGCUCGUGAGUGCAGAGCCAGAGCUUUGGACUCUGCCUUUGCUGCCGGCUGGAGGUUCUGGGGAUGGAAACGAUUCUGAAUGUCGGCAGGGGGCUGCUGCAAUACCAGACUCUCUGCCACCGAGUUCCCAACCUCUGUUCAUCGUCCUGGCCAGCGACGGAGUUUGGGACGUGCUGGAAGAUCAGCUCGUUGUAGACCUCGUCUGGGACCUGCUCGGCUCUGUGCAGGACCCACGUCGUGGGAUGGCUGGUGUGCUGCAAGACGCAGCCCAACUGGUGGUCCAGGGUUAUGCACUUUCUUCAGCACUGACAGAGGCUGCCAAAGAUCGCGGCUCGACGGAUAACUUGACUUGCUUGAUUCUGUUAUUGUCGUCAU